UGAUCGUAGGCGGGAUCAGAGCGCUGAUGAGCCGCUCAGAGGAAGAAGCCUCUGACAACCUCCUACCCCGCAGAACAAUGACAAAUAAACAGCGCCACAGCUGAGUGUUUUCUUUCUCCUGUUUACCGGUACGUAGUUUUGUUUCCGUGCUCCGAGAGAAACCCCAGAUAUGGCUUUUAUGGAGAAACCGUCCGCCGGGAAGCUGCUGCUGGACGACACGGUUCCCCUGACGGCGGUGAUAGAGACCAGCCAGAGCCUGCAGUCCCACACGGAAUACAUCAUUCGUGUCCAGAGGGGAGUCACAGCAGAAAACAGCUGGACAGUCAUUCGGAGAUACAGUGACUUCGACAUGCUUAAUAACAGUCUACUGAUCUCUGGCCUCAACCUGCCCCUUCCCCCCAAGAAGUUAAUCGGGAACAUGGACCGAGAGUUUAUUGCGGAGCGGCAGAAAGGUCUUCAGGCCUAUCUGAACUUCCUCACGCAGCACCACAUCCUCUCCAGCUGCGAACUUGUCAAAAAGUUCCUCGACACCAACAAUUAUUCUGCAAACUACACAGAAAUCGCCUUACAGCAGGUGUCCAUGUUCUUUAGGUCUGAUCCAAAGUGGGAAGUGGUGGAGCCAUUAAAAGAGAUGGGCUGGAGAUUACGAAAGCGGUACUUCUUAGUAAAAAACAAAGAGCAGCCCAAGGACCGACAAGUCUUAAGUUGGGUCGAUUUGGGUCCUGACAAGUUUUUGUCAGACAAAGAUCUUCAAUCCAUCAUGAAGCUGAUUCCCUCUUUGGCUCAUCCGUACAUCUGUCCAGUCACUUUUGCAUCUACCAGCGAGUCCUCAGCUUUAGUGAUCAGAACAUUCAAUGAGAAAGGCACGCUUAGGGAUCAUAUUUGCAAGGUUAAACCAAAGGAGCCGUUCCUAAAGAAGUACUGUAACCCUAAAAAGAUCCAGGGUUUGGAGCAACAGCAGAUCAGGACCUAUGGGAGGCAGGUUCUGGAGACUCUGAAAUUCCUUCAUGAUAAGGGGUUUCCGUAUGGGCAUCUCCAUGCGUCCAAUAUUCUUAUUGAAGACAAUGUCUGCAAACUUCUGGACAUUGAGAACUCUCUACUGGGACUUCCCUCUUACUACCGUCCCUUUGUAACUCAGUUCAGGAAAAUCCAUACCACAGAAAGCAUUGACGUUUAUUCGUUCGGACACUUGCUGUACGAAAUGACGUAUGGGAGGCCCCCGGAUACCAUACCUGUGGACCAGUUCCCUUCUGCUCCCUACACAUCAGUUGUCUCUGUUCUGCAGUCAAUCCUGUCCACUGAAGCAUGUAAAGCAGGAAUGCCCACUGUUGCUCAGCUACUGCAAACACCACUAUUCAGUGAUGUGCUGCUGUUCAACUCAGAAAAGACCCAAUUCAAGAUAACAUCAAAAUUGAAGGAGGCUUUGAAAUCUUCCAAGGAGUGUUUGGAAAAGCGUCUGCAGGAAGAACAGAGAGCAAUUCACCAGCACAGGAGGCUGACCCGGGCCCAGUCACACCACGGCUCCGAGGAGGAGAAGAAAAGGAGGAAGAUCCUGGCCAGAAAGAAAUCCAGACAGUCUGCUUACGAAAAUGAGGAAGAUUUUUCAUUGAAAUACAACAACAACUCUGGUUCUGGAGCAAGUUCUCCACCUACCUGUCCUUCAUCUCCCACUCCUCCUUCUGCCCCAGGUUCUCAGCAAGUGGCUCCUCCCCCUCCUCCGCCUCCUCCUCCACCACCUUCUGGAAGUGACCCCAGUCCACCUCCACUUCACCCACCUACCAUUAACGGCGAGGGCCGCAGUGCCCUCCUCAGCUCCAUCCAGACCUUCAGCAAAGGCCGGCUGAAAAAAGCGGACACCCAGGACCGCAGUAACCCGCACAUCUAACAUCUACCAGACGAUGCAUCGCUCGGCUGCGCCUGAGCAAUUUGUCCUGGACUGAUUUCCCUCCCGAGGUCUUGUCUUCAUUCGGACAGGGGCUAGACUGCAGUGGAAAAGCUUGGACAGCUUGAAACGUUGCUGAUUUUGAUUUUAAUCGGCUGCUGAUCGGGGAUUGUAGGUGGAGUAAGUAUAAGGUCCUGUGACAGUGCUGCUAUAAAGAGGCUAACCCUAAAACUGGACACUAAAAGCCCUUUCACACCAAGUACAAGUUUUUGGACCUUAGAAAUGUAUGGGUUUUUAACGUAGCAAAACCUUCAUACAGACUCUGAUGCAUUUUUUUUGCAUUUUGGUUUUUGUAAACAGGGCCAGACACGCCACAGCCCUCAUACAUGUCCGUUCUUUUUGUUUAUUUGCUCAUUGUACUUUCUGCUCCUUUUAAUCUCCUCCUCCACAUGAGUUGGUCAUUAUUGAAAGAAGCUAUUGCGCGCCCUUCUUUGCUAUGGAGUAUAUUUUCUUUGAACUCCAUAUUUUUAUAGAGUGUAACUUGUCAUAUAGUUAGCUUAGCAUUUUUCUUCAGCUGCUGCUUACAGGCUCAUUUGUUUGAUCCUUUUGCCAAUAUAGCUCUGCUUCUCUAUAGAACAGUGCAGAAAAUCAAACAGACUCAUAUUUUUCGCAGCCAGUCAGUUUUGUAAAAGUCAUUUUUUACCUGAUUUAUGUCUGUAAAAAUCAGGCAUGGUGUGAAAGGGCCUUAAUUGUCAGAUUGAAUAGGAAAUGGACAAGCAUCAAAUAAUGUCAUGCACCACUAAGACUUUUUACACCUGAAUUUAACAAUUGUUUUUGCUAUUUAGAUCAUAUUUAAAUUUCAUAUCUGCAUCAAAAGACAGGUGUAAACCCCCGAGAUGCAGUGUGAUUAGAUUAUGAUCAGAUCACUUAACCUACAUUUGGAGUUGGUCAAAAUUAAGUGAGUUUUCCUAGUGAUUUAAAUAAUUUGUCUUAUUAUAGAUAGUGCCAUCUAUUGAGAACCAUCUAUUGUUGCACAUUAUAGAACCCCCACCAUUACACUAAACCAGCCAUUCUCAAACUUUUUUGUUAGAUUCCCACUUUGUGGAUGGUAAGUGCCCCCCCCCCCCCAAACCAAAAAUGGCAGGUUUUGAAGCAUUUCUGUUUUUUUUUUUUGUUUUUUGUUUUUUUUUAUUGCCAAAUGAGAUCAUGAUAAAUAGGCAGAAUUAAAAAAAAUAUAUAUAUAUAUAUAUAUAUAUACGAGAUACAAAGACUAAUAUUUUGACUGUGGCUCCAUAGUGCGCCCUUGUGGUCCCCACAUCAGCCCCUAGAUCAGGAGAAACUGUUGUUUACAGGAAAUAAAAAAAGAAUGUGAUGUUUAUGCAAGAAGAUAAAAUCUAAUCUCACCUGGUCACAAUGGGGACACAUUUGUGAUGUGAAGUGUAAACACUCCAGUCAAACUAGUUCCAGACACAAAAGGCAUGUUAAUGCCAGGUGUAAACAGGUGCUUAGGCUUCCUGCAAUUGCAGUUAUCAAAAUCUAAAAACAGCUGACUUUAAUGUUGAAAGUUUUAUUUAAAUAUUGUGCAAAGACUUUCUCUUUUUAGUACAUUGUGCUAUAAUAUUUAGGGAGGGCUGUGUCUUAAUAGAAAAGUAAGUGGGAAUAAGAAGCUUUUGGGUUUGUGCCACAUUUAACCAUUGUGCCUAUACAAGACAAGUGGUGUAAUUCCUAUUCCCAGAAUUAGGAUCUGUACAUAGUUUGUUCUACUUGUUAUUCUACUUUCAGCAGGAGAAUGAAUUAUAAUGCAAGGUUACAAUCAUCUUAUAAAAAGAAUAUUUCCAGUAAUCCUGUCCCUGCACCCUGAUAUUUACCUUCUAAUAAGUGUGUUUCCAGGAUAAACUACCAAUAUCUUUCUGUACAUUUACACUGGCAGCGUCAUUGACAACUUUGGGAGGAACAAACUGACCUGACCAUGCUCUCCCAAUAAUACAUUCUAACAGUUUGACAGGCUUUAUAGAGCACUUAAUACAGUCGUCAAGUGCUUUACUUUUUCAGCAUCAAGAAAAAAACAAUAAUUAUAUUUAACAAAGCCUGAACAUAAAUCUAAUAUCACAUUUAAACAAGUGGAUAGGACAGCUUAGAAUGCAUAAAAAGCAAUGUUGUUUUUCUUUUUCUCUUUGCAUUAUGUGUGCGCAGAGAGUUGUGGGUAACCGAGGGCUGGAAAGGAUACAUCAGCUGUGCCCUCAAAAUUGUUUCAAACAUCAGCUGAAUUUCUUGGCUCGGUACCAAAAUCCCAUCACUUUGGAGCAGCCUUUUAAGACAUGGUGUCUGAGCUGCAGCUUAGGUUUUGGGCCCGCUGUAGUGUCUAACAUAAUGGGUUUCAGCCAUGACAGCAAUACAAGACAACUUAACUGUCGCUGUACCACCCCCUUGUGGCAACACUCAAAAGGCAGCUUGCACUUCUGUUGCAUUCUAAAUUUCAUUGUGUCACAAUUUUGAAUGAAACUACGCGAAAUCUACGCAUUUACGAAAGUUGGAAGUGCCUGCCUUUGUGUAAUUGCGUACAGUAUGUUUUCGGCGUAAUCCCUUAAUUUACAGGAUCCAAAUUGGAAGACCUGGGCUCUGUGACAUCAUUGUUUGCAGAACCAAUUAUAGCACUUUCAAUUUAACAGAAUGCAGGUACAGAAAACAGUAAUUUAAACCAAUUUUAAAAACAUUGUUAAUUUUUUGAAUGAAGUACUACCACAGACUUAUUUGAUGGACUAAAAUAAUUUUACACAUUCAGCAGUCCUGUCGCACUCAUUCAUGUAAAGAUCUGUCCAUCUGUGUAAAUACGUCCAUACAUUUUGCACUGCAGAAAAGUUGUAGGUGGGACCUGGAUCAGCCCAGACUGGAUUUUACUGGGGAAAGGAAAUGGUUUUCUCUGCAGCACUUUACCACUGUUUGUUGAAGUGGUCUUGAAAAGAGGUAUGAAGUUUACAUAAAAUUUAAUUCACUUAGAAAAAAGACGGUAUAGUGUGUGGGAGAUGUUAUGAUUACAGUUGACAAUAAAGAUGAUUGUGUGUUUGCCACAUCCAGUGUUGUACACACUGGAUGUGAGCAUCCUCAGUUUUUAAUGAGCAGAAAUGUGUUUUUGUUUUUUCCCUGUAAAAAAACUUGUGUUAAAAUUGUUUUCACAGAAUGGUGUUGUUGUGCUUUAAGUUGUGAUAAUUCAAGUAAAAACUAUGGAAUGUUAAA